AACGCGACGGAUGUGUCCUACUGGGACGGACUUGGGCCAAAGGGGACUGUGCGUGCGUGAGAGAAGGUCGGUCGGUCGGAGUAAACCUUCGCGCGGCGGGAGACCGUCGUUUGUGUCGUGGAUAUUCACUCGCCCCGAGCUCCACAUGCACGAAUGAAGUGAUAAACGGUCCGGUGGUAUGCCGUUUUGUAGCAAUAAAACCCAAGGUGGUGCGGUGUGCCACACUCGUAGGAGUGUGGCUAACGGCCAGGUUAUCCUUAUCCUACAAGGAAUGGUAUUUUAUGCAGGGGAAAUUUACGCUAAUAAAGCAACAUUCAGUGACCAGUGCGGUGUGUUGGCUGUCGAGCUACAGUGUUUUCCAGUGAUUCGUUAUCAAAGGGAUAAAACGAAGUGGCGUGAAAUGAUAUAUCUCGAACGUAACGAUUGUUUCGUGAGAAUAUUUCAAUUACGACACUAAAAAACCAGAAAGCUAACCUUAUGCGAUGAUGUGCUGCAUUUUUAAACGAAUGGUCAAAUAUUAACGGUGAUAUCUUGUUGUGCAAUUGUAUGUGAUUGUGUGUACGGGUACGGGGAAUAGCCUUGUGACAUUCGACAGGCUUUCCAGUGAGACGGUGGAUGGAAAUAGAAAUGUGAAUAAAAAUAGCAUUUGAUUGCUGUACCUUUUUCGAACGUAUUGUUACGCAGAUGGAAGAGUAAUCGUUUACUAAGAUUAUCGUUGAAAGUUUGUUACCCUAACCAGAUAGAUUUAUAAUCUCACAUCAUGGUGCGCCUAAAACAUCGACAGCAUGGACCCGCAACGAGGUCCAACAGUCGCGACUUUUUGGACUGGAAUGUUUUUGUGUCGGAGCCUGAAAUACCUCGAUUAAGGCAUAGAACUGGCAGUUGGUGGUACACACAAGAACGUUUCGCAGUCAAGCAUCCGCACGAGUACAUUACGGUAGACGAACUGAACUGCUACCGUAAACGAAAGUUCUCACAAGAUCACGCCAAACAUCUAGGCAGCAACUUUUCGCUGUACAACAAAUCGGAACCUUCACUGCCAUCGGCGGUCGAUGCAAAAGCAACCGAGUACGCCGACCGAUUUCAACGCCGAGCGGCAUACGAACGAGCACUUCCGUUGAGACGCAGCACCUCGCUGCACAUUGAGCCGGGCACAAUGAAGGGCCUGUCGGAAAAUCACUCCAAGUUUGUCAGCUAUUCGCAGGAUACGAUCGUGAAAUCUCGACCACCUGCCGUUAGGCCAGAGGAAUGCUUCAAGCUGCCGGACGGUGGGUCCCGGGGUAACGGACUUGCCAACGCGUCUUCCGAGUACAAGUCGGCCUUUCUGCCGUACGAUUUUCUGCCGGCCACGAUGGACCACCGGUACCGCAAUUUAAACAAGCGCAAGGAGAAGGAAAAGCGUGACGAUUUGAGCGCCUCCGACUCGAAGCUGCACAACAAGGAGCAGCUUACGCGCAGCAAUCUAAGACUGACCGGCGAGGCCACGUUCGAGCCGGAGUACAAAAGUCAGUUCGCGCUUCCGCUGGCGGGCGACAAGUCGCGUUCGACACCGCAGCUGAACAACAUUGCCUUUACUGGCAACUUUCGCGAGGCACCGUCCGAGUACAAGGAGUGCUACAAGUACUACGACCAUUUCACCAAGAGUGCUCCGAUCCGGAAGUUUGAUAACCUCAGCUUGCACGGUACGAUCGAGUUUCGGCCCGAGUACAAGGAAAGCUACCGGGAGCUGCCGACGGGUGGGGCCAGCGAUCAAUGGCGCUCGCAGUGUGUGGUGCGCAAGGACAAUCUGUCGCUCAAGGGCGACUUUCUUGGGCGCGAACCGGAGUACAGCUACAGUUUCCGAAACCCGCACAUCACGUGCAAACCGGAGAAGGCCAAACCGAAGGACAACUUUCUGGCGAUGCAGGGCGAUAUGGACUACACGCCGAUGUAUCGCUGCUCUUACGUUGACUAUCCACGUACGAGACCGCUGGUAAAGAAACCGGUGUGCAGCAUAAAUUUGGAGGACGUGUACGAAAAACCGCCCCAGCGUCGGCUUCACCGCGGCUCUCCAUCGCCCGUCAAAUACAACGUUCAUGCCGCACCCACCGACGGUUCAAAGCCCGACGUGAUCGAUAAGUUCGUGUCGCAGCCCGAGUACCGGAAGGCGCAGCGGGAGUUAAUGAUAAAGAAGCGGUCCCCACCGAAGGAGCGGGGCAGUCUGCUGGCCCAGAAAAUACUCCAAGACAGCAAGCUAACCACCGACCCAGCGCACCCGAUGCCACCCGUCCCGGUGGUGCACGUGGAAAAUGUUGGCGGAGGAAGUAGUUCCUCCACCACGCACGACGGUACAUCCACCACCACCGUAAAAGCAAGGGCCAGCAGUCCGGUCCAGCUGCCGGUGCGGAUAGCGAAGCAUGGACGGCGCGCCAAAUCGCCCAUCAUUGCCAUUCAGCGGGAAAAUGAGCCGGUCAUCUUCUACAAAGAUCUGCACCGAAAAGGUGACGCCCACACCGUGCGCAAUCGGUCGAAGAUAGUGGAGGCAAAUGCUGCCUACCGGAAACCGACCUACCAGCCUCCGCCGCACACACACAAAAAGGCGAUCGACAAGGCUAAAACGGGAACGCAAUCUUUCGUCGUGCUGAACGCGCCGGCGAAGCAACGAUCAACCCGUUGGGCGGAACCGGCCACUAUCUAUGACUCACAUUUCUACUAAACCAAUGUCUAUGUGUACGGCUGUAUGUAUUCAAGAUGUACCGUAUCCACCUCACUGGAUCACAGAAAACAUAUUUGAAUUAUUUGUUUUCUUCAUUUUCAUUAUCGACAUUUGCUAAACUUUUCAAAUAACAAAAAUGCAUUU